CGAAGAAGAGAGUUUUCCGGUUGCCCUGCACUUUUCACAGUUUUACUUGGUUUUUACGCAGAUUUUGUGUAUCUUCCAUAUCGUGUUGUCUUCGAAAGUGACCAGAAAUGCUGGAUCUCCUGUUCUCCACGCACAAGAAGGUCUCCACUGUGCCUCCGAUCGACACAAACAAUUCCAAGAACUUUGUCACCGUGUCUUCAUGCAAUAUCAUUGCGUUCACGUCCAAUUUCGAUCUCACGACUGGAGCUUAUGGGUAUCAUUGCUAUAUAUGCGACGUGAACACGCCGUGGAAUGUGUACAAGGUGACGUCUAACAAGUAUCCCAUCUCGAUCCUCGCCUGGGAUGUUCUCGGGAAGUAUCUCCUGGUUGGCGAUACCUUCGGCUCAAUAUGCAUCUGGAUGCAGAAGGACAACUUCCUCUCGGACUGGACUCACGUGUACACAGCCAGCUUUCCGGGCGAGUGCAUCAUAAAGGCAGUGUUCUUCCACAAUGGCAGGAAGAUUGCCUUCAACAGUGACAAGAAGGAGGCUUCUUCCUACUCCGACAAGUUUCAGAAGGUGAAGUUCUUUCCCAGCGUGCGUCAGUUCGGUGGGGUGCCCACUGAGGGAUUCCUGGUGAUUACGGCGAGUGGCUUGAUUGGCGCUGUGGCGAUUCCCCCGGAUCAGCCAACGCCAGCAACCCCUGCUGCUCCUGCCAAUCCUCCAGCCCAGGCAGGAGCUGCUCAGCCACCCCCACCUCCGCCACCGGCACCCGUGACGCCGCACAUCUUAACCACAGUGACGGAAAGCCUGGGCCAGACGCGGAACUUCUACACAGCCGCUGAUGUUUGCUAUGGGAAGAACGGACACUUCCUGAUCGCCGCCUCAAACAGCCUGUGCCAGAAUCAGGCACUCAUCGUCCAGUGCUUCAGGGUGAUUGUGAAGAAGAGCGACGAGAAGCUCACCAUCACAAGUCACUCUCUGCCCAGUUUCUUCCUGAAUGAGGGCAUCGGAAGGGAUUUGCCCGAUUUGGACCUCCUGAAGCUCAAGUGGACGUUCCAGGAAGACACGGACACACUCAUUGUGGCGAUGAACUCAAGUAUCGGUGGAUUUAUUGAGGUGUGGGGCUUGGUUGAGAAAUCCACGCCCAUUCACAAGCUCUUUCAGGCCAACAAGUCGGAGGUUUUCAAGGCAUUUGUCUGGACGCCGCAGAGUCACUUCCGCUACUCCUCGAAGAUCCUCAAUAUCUGCACUAGCAAACUACAGCUGGGCUCUUCCGGGUACAUCUCAGUGGUGAUGGCAGACAACUCUGUCUUCUGCCUCAAUCGCGACACGCUUAGCAAGGCCGCGUCGGCCAGCUUAACCGUUGCUCAUCGGAUAGACAUGGCUGAGAGCUCGAAGCAGGUGAAGAUGAGCUCCAUGCCGCGGGACAUUGACGCUUCCUGGAUGGGACACUUGCUAGUGUGUCUAGACAACUUGGGCCAGUUGUUUGUGUUCAAGAGCAACCACUUGGCUGAGCACUUGGGCAUGCCAUCGACUAUUCAGCACACAAUUUCCCUCCUUGAAUACUGCAUAGUGGCGGGAUAUGAUUAUCUGGACAUUCUGCUGGCCAUCAAGUCCUCAACCAUUGACAACAUCGUGGAGAGAUUGUCCGAGAACUUCAAUCGGCAGGUGAAUUCCAUCCAGCAAUUCUACUACGUCAACUUCCUCACCAUGAAGACGAAUCUGUACAGAUUGUCUCCGUCUGGACAGUCGAAAUCGCAGGAUUUGGCGUGUCUGCUGAUGCUGCACUCCAUCCUGAUAGCCUUCAAGAGUCUCCUGAGGCCGUCAGAUUUGACCUGUCAUGAUAAGGGACCGGCGGAGUAUUUGGCGAUGGGAUUGUCGGAAUCCAACACGGAUGUGGACAAAGUUCUACUGAAUCUCGAGGCGAAGGACUUCACAGUGGAACCAUCAACGCUUCAGAGUCUCCAGCAAUUGAUCCAGUGGGUCUCUGAUCUGGCACUUAACAUCCUCGCUCGAUUGCCGGAAACGCGCUCGAGUGGGAACAUGAAAAACACAGGCUAUGAGAUUAGUCACGACGUGGUGGCACUCAACAGUAUCCGGGAACUCCUGGUGAUGAUUCGAAUCUGGGGCUUGCUGAAGGAGCAGUGUUUGCCGAUCUUCGCCAGAGCGGACAAUUUGGACAUCCUCUCGACACUCUUCAGACUUCUCACGCGUCUGGCAUUCAAUCCCAAUGAGCCUGACGACGUGUUGCUGGACGAAUGCUGCCUGCUGCCCAGUCAAGUGAUGAUCCCCCAAAUGCCCUUCGUCACCAUGAGAGUUUGUGUGGCGUCGCCGCUCCUGGCCAAUCUCAGUCUUCCGCUCUACUUCGAGUACAACCAGGAACCGGAGUGUCUCAAGUUCUCGGCCGACAACACGCCCAUGGACAGUGGAGGACUGUCCAGCGACAGCGUGGUGGAUUCCGUGCGUCACCUUCAGCUGGGAAAGAUGCCGCCAGUGCUGAGGAAGUGCUGCCGAUGCGGCGCCGCCACGGCGAUCAACAGUGUGGCCAGGACGGCCGCCAUGAAGGCGUGGGAGCAGCGCUGGUCCAGUGGAUGUCGCUGCGGAGGCUUCUGGCGCCUCCAGUCGUACGUGUAGGAAUCGGCUUGUAGAAAAAAAUAUUUAUUUUCACAAUGAAAGUGUAAUGUUUGUCCUUAAAUAUAAGUUAUGAGUUAUGCGAUCUGGA